UAAGAUAAAUCUUGGUGAAUUCAUCAACUCUUUCAGGUUAUAAUUGAAGAAAUCUACUAUUUGACAAUAUGUCGUCAAUGAACAAUCUUUGGGGGAGUUUUUGCAGGCUUAAAUGUCUAAAUAAUUAUCAUAAAUUGUCCAGAAUUUGGUGCUCAACAUGGAUUUCACAUCCACAAAACAACCAGAUAUAUGGAAUUCAGAGUAGAAAAAUGUCAAAAACAUGUUUUUCAAACCAAAACAAGCUUUCAGACAACAAAGCAUUUAGUUUAUCAAAGAUCGUAAACUUUUCAACCAGAACUUGUAAAGAAGAUCUUGUUGAAGCGUGGUUUUAUGAAGUUAAGACUUUUGGAAAAAUUGAUAUAAAAGUUCCAUUUGAUUUAGAAGUGGAACCGCUGCAUCCUUUAGAAUAUCCAAAUAUGAAUAAAUUUAUAAUCGAAAUAUUUAACACGUCUGCAUCGAAAGAUAAAAUCGGCAGCUUUAAUAAAUUGUAUAAUUUAAAUAUUGACGUCGAUGAUGAAAAAGAGAUUGUAAAAGUUAAAGCUGAUGUGAGCGACGGUGUUCAGCUUCCGUUGAUCUGCAACAUAAAGAUACCCAUUAAAUUUAAUGUAAAUAUAGAAUCAGAAGAUAAAGAUGUGACAAUAAAGAAAUUUGAAGCUGAUGAAAUCAAAAUUAAAACUAUUACAGGAAAUUGUAAUCUCCAAAAAUUAAAGUGUGGUAGUAUAGAUGUUGUAAGUAAUGGAGGUAAUAUAAUCAGUGAAUCACUUCUACAGGGCAAUAUCCAGCUAUCAACAACCGGUACGGGGGAAAUAACGGGUGAUAGAUUUCAAGGGCAGACAAUCCAGUGCUGUAACGAGAAGGGUGAUGUUGAUAUUAAAACUAUUUACGCCGAUAAAACUUUAAUAAGUACUCAGUCUGGUGAUAUACAUAUUGGUAGUUGUCAUGGUAACUCAACAGUAGAAAUAAAGACAGGUGAUUUAUCUAUAGAUACGUUGGAUGGCGAUAUCAAGACUAGUAUAGAAGAUGGUGAUGUAGAUAUUUAUAUAGCUAGAUGUGGACAUGUAGAUAUAAACACUACAAAAGGUGAUAUACAGGUGAAAUUAUCAGAAACAGUAACAGCAGAUGUCAAUCUUCAGGCAGAAUCUAUCGAUAUUAGUCAAGAUAUAAAUUACACUGGUCAACCAGAAAAAACAACAAAUGAUCAGAUUCAGCAUUCAGGGAAUAUUAAUGGUGGAGAUAGCGGGUGUAAAAUAUCUGUUACAAGUAAACAAGGAAAGAUAACUCUCACACAACAAGACUGGUUCUCCACAUUAAAAUUAUCAUCAUAAGACAA